GUGCUCCUACCCGCCUUCGUGGCGGAUGCGGAUUCUCUUCCUCUGCGCUCCUCUCCCAGCCCAGCCUCCUGCUUUACGGAAGAUGCUGCUGAUGCAGCUUCCAGUCCCGGGCGGAUAAUCGGGUCUAGGCCCCACCAUGAGGCCCCAGCCCCUCGGGAGCCCCUGCGCUCCCCUGGCCCCGGGCACACCGUGCUAGCCCCAGGAGGGCAAGGGCAGGCGCGGGGGCCAUGGCCAGCCACGUGGACCUGCUCACCGAGCUGCAGCUGCUGGAGAAGGUACCUACACUGGAGCGCCUGCGUGCAGCCCAGAAGCGCCGGGCUCAGCAGCUGAAGAAGUGGGCACAGUACGAACAGGACCUGCUUCACCGUAAGCGCAAGCAUGAGCGGAAGCGCAGCACAGGUGGCCGUCGCAAGAAGGUGUCCUUUGAGGCCAGUGUGGCGCUGCUCGAGGCCUCACUGAGGAACGAUGCCGAAGAAGUACGCUACUUCCUGAAGAACAAGGUCAGCCCUGAUUUGUGUAACGAGGAUGGCCUCACAGCUUUGCACCAGUGCUGCAUUGACAACUUUGAAGAAAUCGUCAAGCUGCUGCUUUCCCAUGGUGCGAACGUGAACGCCAAGGACAACGAGCUGUGGACUCCCCUGCACGCCGCAGCCACCUGCGGCCACAUCAACCUGGUGAAGAUCCUCGUUCAGUAUGGGGCUGACUUGCUUGCUGUCAACUCUGAUGGGAACAUGCCAUAUGACCUCUGCGAGGAUGAACCCACCCUGGAUGUCAUCGAGACCUGCAUGGCAUACCAAGGAAUCACCCAGGAGAAAAUCAAUGAGAUGCGGGCAGCUCCUGAGCAGAAGAUGAUAGCGGACAUUCACUGCAUGAUUGCUGCCGGCCAGGACCUUGACUGGAUAGAUGCCCAGGGGGCCACGCUGCUACAUAUAGCUGGGGCCAAUGGAUACCUACGGGCAGCUGAACUUCUCCUGGACCACGGAGUGCGUGUGGAUGUGAAGGACUGGGAUGGCUGGGAGCCUCUGCAUGCAGCAGCCUUCUGGGGACAGAUGCCAAUGGCAGAGCUGUUAGUGUCCCAUGGAGCUAGUCUCAGUGCCAGGACGUCCAUGGAUGAGAUGCCAAUAGACCUGUGUGAGGAGGAGGAGUUCAAGGUCCUGCUGUUGGAGCUUAAACACAAGCAUGACGUCAUCAUGAAGUCCCAGCUGAGGCACAAGUCAUCCCUGAGCCGCAGGACGUCCAGUGCAGGCAGCCGUGGGAAGGUGGUGCGUCGAGCCAGCCUGUCAGACAGAACGAACCUGUACCGGAAAGAGUAUGAGGGAGAAGCCAUCCUUUGGCAGCAGCGGAGUGCAGCAGAGGACCAGCGUACCUCCACCUACAACGGAGACAUCAGGGAGACCAGGACAGACCAGGAGAACAAGGACCCGAACCCCAGGCUGGAGAAGCCAGUGUUACUCUCAGAAUUCUCUACCAAGAUUUCCCGGGGAGAACUGGAUGGGCCUGUGGAGAACGGCCUCCGGGCUCCUGUCAGCACCUACCAGUACGCACUGGCCAAUGGGGACAUAUGGAAGAUGCACGAGAUGCCUGAUUACAGCAUGGCCUAUGGCAACCCCGGUGUGGCUGAUGUCCCCACGCCCUGGAGCGGCUUCAAGGAGCAGAGCCCCCAAACGCUCCUGGAGCUGAAGAGGCAGCGGGCUGCAGCCAAGCUGCUCAGCCAUCCUUUCUUAAGUACCCACCUGGGCAGCAGUGUGGCCAGGUCAGGGGAGAGUAGCAGUGAAGGCAAGGCCCCCUUGAUCGGAGGCAGAACUUCCCCCUACAGCAGCAACGGGACCUCGGUGUAUUACACGGUGACCAGCGGAGAUCCCCCGCUCUUGAAAUUCAAGGCCCCCAUGGAGGAGAUGGAGGAGAAAGUCCAUGGCUGUUGCCGGAUCUCCUAGUGUCUGGGAGCUAGAGGAGAGAGCUGCCUCGGAGAUGUGCCCUUGGAAUCCAUGCCAGCCCUGGCUGGGGAGGUGUCAGAGGGAAGCCAGGGAGAGGUGGGAGCUGCUUUCCAGAGGAAUGCUGACCUCACCUCAUGCCCAGCUGCCCAUAGCAUCCCUAUUCCCCUCCAUGCUGCUUUCCCGACUCAAUGCCUGCAUCUGAAGCAUAGCGGCCCCAGCUCACUCUGAUUCAGGGAGGCUUGGGAUCUCAGUUCUGUACUUUAUAAAGGCUUCUUGAGACCAGAACUAACACCC